AUGGACCGGCAAAGUGAAACCGUCACUAGGUGGGACGUAAACAAGGUGCAUGCCUGGUUUGCUUCUCUUGGCUUCACAAAUUAUGAAUCUCAAAUAAAAGAGCAAGACAUAGAUGGAGAGAUCUUGGUUCUUCUAGACCAUGAGGCACUCAAAGACCUUGGUGUUCGGUCAGUUGGUCACCGAGUUUCCAUACUAAAAGCCAUUUAUAACCUAAAAAUACAAUAUAAUGUACCCGUUGAGUUAGGGCAAUAUAUUCCUCCUUCUGCAGAAUUUGAAAGUGCAAUGAAUGUUACGAAUGGCAUUCCGGACCUUCGUAAAAUCGAAGGCGCAAUCCAAGAACGAAAUGCCUUAAUUUAUCAUUUGUCAGAUGAAGUGAAAGGUUUAAGGUCUGAAUUGGCAAAGUUACGUGAAGAGAUGACACCAGUUUUGAAAAUUACAAAAGAAAAUAAGCCUUUGCCCGAGCCAGAGCGAAAUAGCAUUGACAAUCCGAGCACACCAAGUACUUCAAAAACAACCAAUCUUUCUGUGCAAGUUCCUGGGAUAAGUGUUACUAACUUUUCAAGAUCACCUACGUAUUCAUCUGACGGUUCGAGUGCUCCUCCUUCACCUCAUUCUCCAUAUGACGGUGGUAAUAGUCGUCUUAUCAAUGAUGCUAUUAAAUUCUUUGGAAAUCAAUCAUAUAAAAGUUUUCGUGUAUCACUUGAAGACCCAUGUCAUAAAGUCUUACCUGCCGCUCUGAAAAAAUAUAAAAUUACGGAUGAUUGGCGUCAGUAUGCAUUGUUUAUUCGUUUUGGCAGUCCAGAUCAUUUAACGGAACGUUGUUUGAGUUAUGAUGAAAAGCCACUAUUAUUAUUCCAAAAACUAAAAGAAGCUUAUCAGAACCCAGUAUUUAUGUUAAAGAAUAUUAAAGAGAUCAAGUCACCUGUUGCAACUGCUGAAGAAAUCAUUAAUUCAUUAAAAGCAAAUAAGAAACGACGUACAACACAAUUCCUAAAUAAAGAGUUACCACCAGCACCUAAUGAAUAUCCAAGUCAUAACCAGGAACCACCACCUGCUUACGAAUUGACAGAAGAAGAACGAUCAUCUGAAGAAACAUUAAUAGAAGGAAAUGGAACUGCUAUUGCAAUAUAUCCUUAUGUUGCUGAACUUGAUGAUGAACUUAAUGUGGUUGUUGGUGAUAUUUUUAAAAUUAGGAGUAGAUCAGGAGGUUGGUGCUUUGUUGAAAGAGACGGGCAGACAGGUUGGGUACCUGCAAAUUUCUUGCUUGAAACCAGUGUCAAUGGAGGUGAUAUUAUGGAUAGUGACAGUCCAUAUGUUGGAAGGGGUGUAGCCUUAAUGGAGUAUAAUAGAAAUACAAAUGAUGAAUUGAGUAUGAAAAAGGAUGAUAAGCUUCGUAUUUACAAAAAAAAGGAUUAUUGGUUAUAUUGUGAAAUAAAUAAUGUGCGUGGUUGGGUACCGAGUUGGUACGUUAGGGUGGAUAAAGAAGCUGUCGAUGAUGAUGAGAACGAG